AUGCGGCGGACACUCCGACUCUUCGCGGCCGUCAAGCCCGCGCGGUACCUCGAGGCCGGCACCCCGACGGGCCUCACGGGCCUCUUCACCCACGGCUCGCCGCGCUCAACCCUGCUAUACCUAUACACGCGCACGCUCGAGAAGCUGCAAGACGUCCCGGAGUCCUCGCUCUACCGCCAGUCCAUCGAAGCCCUGACCAAGCACCGACUCGCUAUCGUGGAAGCCGCCGAGCCCCCGGGCUACGCCGAGUGGGCGGCGCGCGCGCGCAAGAUCGCCGAGGAGAAUCCGGACCGCUUCAGCGUGGCGACGGCCGGCGCCAAGCAAUCUGCCGAGGGGUCCCGCGCGCUGCAGGUUAAGUCGGGUGGCAAGCUGUUUGUGCACCGCUCGGAGCCGGCGCCGAGGGAUGACCGGUACGAGGAGUGGAAUGGGGAGAGGGAUGAGGGGCCGGGGUCGGAGGGCCUGAAGGGAGAGGAGGAGCGCGGGGAGCAUGAGAUGCUGUUUACGCGCGAGCCGACGGAUCGCCCGAAUGAUAAGAUUCAGUGGGAGCCGGAGCCCCAGUUGACUGCUGAUCAGAUUGAGGAAAUCGAGGGCAAGAUCGGAGGUGGCUUGAUCGAGGAGGUGGUGCGAGUAGCCGAGAACGAGUUAAGACUUGUGGAUAUCAUGCAAGAAAACAAGGUAUGGGAGGAACUCGAGGAGAAGCCUGCUGAGGGCCAAUGGACCUACUUCGAGCGCGGCUCGUGA